ACGCAGAGGAGUGGACGGAGCCGAGGACGACCAGUGCGUGAUUCGCGGGUGUGUAGAGGCUGUUGAGGAGGCGAUACGAAGUGAGGGACUCGACAGCGAACGUCGCGCCGCGUAGGCGCGUCAGGGCGUGUUCCUUAUCUCGGGGCGAGAAAAAAAUCCGCUCGACCGCUCCUGGCGCCAUGAAAACGCUUCGCGGCGAGAAGACUCGGCGACUGGACGCUCCGUGGAAGCUGGAGAGAUCCCGUAACGCCGCGGCGACGCACUCUGCGGCGUCAUUGCCGCCGCAAUUGACGGCGGUGCCAUUGGCGGCGGCUAAACCUCCAGCUGGAAUGGCAGGCGCCGCAGAAUCCGCAGAAUCUGGGCUGGGCUGAGGCUGAGGCUGAAAGAACGCCGGCAGCCAGAGUCUCGCAGAGGAAACGGUGAAGCUGCUCGUUAGGAUGAGCAGCAGCAGGGAAGCGAGAAAGAGCAAUUUCGCCGCCAUCGUCUCGAAAAUCGGGAGUCAAACUUCCUGAAUCGCACUCUACUAAGUGAGGCCAUCGCUGCCAGUGGCUAUUAAACCAGGCGAUGGUCGGGUUGCUGGGCGCGUAGUCCUGCGGUUGCCAGCCACCGUGGGGAGACGGCUGGGCCAGUCACGCUCCACGAGGCGCCCAGGAUUAUCGAGAGGGCUGCUGGCCGCAUUGGGGCGACGCGGCAGUCGCCGGCUUUCACUCAUCCCGUCCAGAUUGGAGGGAGUUCCUACUACAGUAGUCACUGUACCGUACAGGAGCAGUCCCUCGCUCCAGCCUGCCUACCAUU